GUAAACUCAAAGGGAAUCUGCAGUCUUCAAUUAAUUUCACCAAUAAGGUAUCGAAAAAUUCGCUGAGUUUGAGAACGCUUGUAAACAUACACUUCAGAUAAUUCUUGUGUGAAUAUUUUGGACAGCAUAUUAGAACGAACAUUGUCAAUAAAUCGUUAGUCGGGUACGAUCCGUAUUCGUUGCUUGACGUUAUCUUUCGGUCUUUCCGAUCCGUGCAUAAUUCUCAACUUCAAAAUAAUGGCAUCGCAAUUAUACGAAUUAUCAUGCAAAUUUAAAGUGUGUCUAACAAAUUGCAUUAGCAUUUUAUACUAAACUUGUGACGUUUCCUGCAAAGCAAGUUUUAUGAAAUUAGUGUAGUCUCACGCGAAACGAUUAUCAUAAUUAUCUCUCGCAUCGUAUCUUUUCGCGUGUUGCUGAAGAAGAUCUGUGUUUACAUUAUCUGUGCAACUUGCAGUUGCAUAACGACUUUAAAAAAUACAAAUUUAAUUAUAUCAAGUAUUUCGCGCAGUUACGGUGUAAAGUAUAGAAAAUACAAUUACUUGACGUGUUCUAUGAGAUAUCUAUCUUUUACAGUUAAUUACAGUUAAUUACGUAUUUAUAAAUUAUAGUGACAACGCAUUUGUAAAUAAAAAUAAGUUGUAUAGUGAUAUUAUCGUUGUAUAUAGUGCUGAAUAAAACUGACACAUCUGCGAAGAUAGUAUAUAUAUUCUGUUUUGGUAACAUUAACGGCAUUUCUCAAGCGUCGUGGCAAUAUUGACUGUUUCUCGCAAUAAGUUCGUACAACGAACAUCGAUUAUACGUGCGUAGUUAGUGCAAAUGUAGCCGUGUUUGACGAUAGGUCAGAGAAAUGGUUUUUAGACGCUUUCUUGAUUUACUUACGACGUAUAGAUCGUAUAGAUACAGACGUAUGCGUUGUAUAUCAGGUGAGGAAGUAAGGUCUGAGGAUUCAGGUCCCGCAGACUUUGAACGGGCAAUUGUAUCAGCAGGAUAUGGAAAAUUUAAUUAUUUGCUACUGCUGGCGGUACUGCCGGCCAGUUUCUCCAGUAUCUUCUCGUCGUCGGCGAUGUCCUACGUGCUACCAUCCGCCGAAUGUGAUCUCCAGCUGACGAUGUUCGACAAGGGGCUGCUGAAUUCGAUGGCGUUCGUAGGAAUGAUCUGUACGGUGUUUUUCUGGGGUUACGUGACCGACAUGUUCGGCCGUAAGAAAAUAAUGUUCUACGGUUACCUGCUUACCGGUCUACUAAGCGUGGCAACGUGUUUCUCGCACAGAUCUUGGCUUUUAAUAACGUUCAAAUUUUUUGACGGCAUGAUCAUAUCUGGCCCGUACGCAGCGCUUAUGUCGUACUUGGCGGAAAUACACAAUGAGGCACAUCGAUCGAGGUCGUACAUGUGGCUUGGCGUGUUCUUCUCACUCGGAAACAUUUCCCUGCCAUGUAUAGCAUGGCUUAUAAUACCUCAAAAGUGGUACAUCACAUUUUUAAGCGAAACAAAGAUCGAGAUAAAUUCCUGGAGAGUGUUCUUAGCCAUUUGUUCACUACCCGAGUUCCUAGCGUGCAUCGCUCUUUUCGCUUUCCCAGAGAGUCCGCGUUUCCUUAUUCUGAAGGGUCGGCACGACGAGGCAUUGAGUGUCUUCAAGAAAAUCUACUCGCUCAACACUGGAAAGGAUCCUGACACGUACCCGAUAAAGAGUCUGGAAAAUGAAUAUUCAGUUGAAUCAUGCGGGGAACGUAUACAGGACAAGCUGAAAAACUGUUGGAAGAGAAUAAAGCCACUUUUUUUGCGAUCCAAUAUCUUCAGAUUGAUACUUAUAUCGAUGGUACAACUUGGAGCAACGAUAGGGUCAAACUCACUCCGGCUUUGGCUGCCGCAGCUGUUCGCGAUGAUCGAGAGUUACAAAAGUACUCUCAUGAAGGACGACAGUCAGGUGUCGGGUUUGCAGCCUACAUUCUGUUACAUGCUAGGCCAGGAAAAGUCACAUUAUAAUUCUACGCAGUAUAUCAACGAGAUGAUGCAUAACUCUACAACGAUAUGCGUUCCGGCGGAGCUGAAUUCUAGAGUCUUCAUCAAUUCGAUCGUCAUUGCUGUGACGAGCGUUAUCGGUUAUACUAUAGCUGGUUCUUUGAUUACUGUUGUAGGAAAAAGGAAGCUAAUGGCGAUUUGUUUCGUCGUCGCUGCUGCUUGUUGCGCUUCACUGUAUUGGGCUGAAGAUACUAACGGUAUCCUCGGAUUGUCCUCGGUGUUUGUCGCUAUGACGAGUAUAGGCGGUGCGACUGUCAUCAAUGUUAUUGUUGAUAAUUUUCCUACAUAUCUAAGAACUAUGGCGGUUAGCACAACUAUGAUGAUGGGAAGAAUUGGCGCAGUAAUCGGCAAUUUACUAUUUCCCGUUUUAUUUAAUCUAUCGUGUUUAGGACCAUUCGUUAUGAUCGGCUCAGCCUCUUUAGUGUCUGCACUUCUGGUUGUUAUUCUCCCCCGAAAACCGACGCAAGGUGACAAACCGAAGGAUAUUGUUUGACCUUUCUGCAGAUAUGUUCCACGAUGAUUUUGUAAUUUGUUUUAUUAUUUGUCGAAAAAUCGACAUGUAAAUAGCUUUCCAUCUAUAUUAUAUGCACUUUAAUAAUC